AUGAAAAUCACGGAAAAAUUGACACAGGCCCACAGCGGUGCCAAUCCGCCUCCCGCUACCUUUUCUUUCGAGUUCUUUGUUCCCAAGACGUCGCAAGGUGUGCAAAAUCUUUACGACAGAAUGGACAGAAUGUACGACUUGAACCCGAUUUUUGUUGACAUCACGUGGAACGCUGGUGGGCGCUCUUCUUCGUUGACCAAUGAAAUGGUGUACACUGCCCAAUCGACAUUGGGGCUCGAGACGUGUAUGCACUUGACAUGCACGAAUAUGGCCGUGUCUUACAUUGACGAAGCCUUGGAAAAGGCUUUCAAAGCCGGAUGCCAAAACAUUUUGGCCUUGCGGGGUGACCCUCCUUUGGACGGCUCGGAGUCCACGGGCGACUUCCGGUAUGCCAAAGAUUUGAUUGCGUACAUCAGAAAAAACUACGGCGACCACUUCAACAUUGGUAUCGCCGCUUACCCCGAGGGCCACCCUGAGGAAAACGACAACGGCAAGUUGUUGCAAUACUUGAAGGAGAAAACUGACGCUGGUGCGGACUUCAUCAUCACGCAGAUGUUCUACGAUGUUGACAAUUUCAUUGGCUGGUGUCGCAAAAUUAGGGACUACGGUAUCAACAUUCCGAUCAUUCCCGGAAUCAUGCCCAUCUCAACCUACUCCGCUUUCAUCAGAAGAGCCAACUGGUCGCAGGUGGCAGUUCCGCAGCACUUUUUGGAUGCAUUGGACCCCAUCAAGGAGGACGAUUUCGCUGUCAGAGAACUUGGUUCGCAGCUCGUGGCCGACUUGUGCCAAAAACUCAUCGACUCCGGCUUCGUCAACCACUUGCAUUUUUAUACCAUGAACUUGGAGAAAUCUACAAUCAUGUUGUUGGAGAAAUUGAACUUGGUUGAGUGCGUGAAGGAAAUCGAUGCAGUGGGCGAAGAUCUUCCUUGGAGAAAAUCCUUGCACCCAAACAGAUCAAAGGAGGCCAUCAGACCAAUCUUCUGGCAGAACAGGAAGUACUCAUACAUCAGCCGGACGUCUGGGUGGGACGAGUUCCCCAACGGUAGAUGGGGUGACUCGAGAUCUCCAGCUUUUGGAGACAUUGAUCUCUCUGCGUCCGAGCUUUUGAGACAGUCGCCAAAAAGGGCUUUGGAGUUGUGGGGCUGUCCACAAGAACUCAAGGACUUGGCCAACAUUGUGAUCAGGUACUUGAAUAACGAAGUCAAGGCCUUACCCUGGAGUGACGGGCCCAUUGGCACCGACACGAACGUGUUGAAAGAAUCCUUGAUCAAACUCAAUGAAAAUGGGUUUAUCACUUUAAACUCUCAGACCGCGCUCAACUCCGUGAGAUCCAACGACAAGGUCCAUGGCUGGGGCCCCAAAAACGGCUUUGUCUACCAGAAACAGUACUUGGAGUUCAUGGUUCAUAAAGAUGUCGCCUCUCGUCUAGUGACCGCAGUAGAGACACACAACCAAGCAGACCCAACUGGACUCAUCUCGUUCUACAUGGUGGACAAAGAAGGCAACCUCACCACCAACGCCCAUGACGACGAUAUCAAUGCAGUCACAUGGGGCGUGUUUCCUGGCGAAGAGAUCUUGCAGCCUACCAUUGUGGAGAAGGUGUCGUUCUUGGCCUGGAAAGACGAAGUGUUCUCUUUGAUCAAAGAAUGGGACACGAUUUUCCAUUCGAAAGUCAUUGGCGAGCUUGUAGAGGCGGAGAAGAUUGACGCCUUCUCGCGGUUUUUGACCGGGUUCGGCAACAACUAUGUGUUGUGCAACAUGGUGAACAACGACUUCACCAGCGACAACAGCCACAUGUUCCAGUUGUUGCACGGCCUCACCGAGGCGGCCAACUAA